AAAAAAUAUUAUUAAUUCAAAGUUAGUUUGCAAUGAAGUUUCUAAUACUUUUAACGAUUUGCGUCGUGGCGGUUGCUGCCGGUCCCAUACCAGAGGAUGAACGUGUUAAUGGUGAGAAUGGCUGGUAUAUACCACAGGCUGAUGGCUCCUUUGUAUGGGUCUCCACCGAAGAGGGUGAAGAGCUGGUGGAGAAAUUAGAGAAAGAGGAGGAAAUGGAAGGACGCAUCUCAACAGUGCCAGUCACUUUUUACUUGUAUACAAAUCAGAAUCCCUCUAAACCAUCAAAAAUUACCGAAAGUGCCAAAUCAAUUAAAAAUUCAAAUUUCAAUGCUGAUUAUCCAACAAGAUUCAUCAUUCACGGUUGGACACAGAGCUACACCUCCAGCAUGAAUAGCGAUAUACGUGCUGCGUGGUUGGCGCGCGGCAAAUACAAUGUGAUCGUCGUCGAUUGGGCACGCGCACGUUCCGUCGAUUAUGCCUCUUCCGUUGCGGCUUUGUCAAAAACAGGCAAAAAGGUUGCCAGCAUGAUAAAUUAUUUGAAUGAAAAUCAUGGCAUGAAAUUGGAUGAAGUAGAAGUGAUUGGUCACAGUUUAGGCGCUCAUGUUGCUGGGUAUGCUGGUAAAGGUACUAAAGCUGGUUUGUUGCACGCCAUUGUCGGCCUAGAUCCAGCUCUGCCGCUCAUCAGUUGGAAGAAACCCAAUAAGCGUUUGAAUGCCAACGACGCUCAGUAUGUUGAAUCUAUACAGACUAAUGGUGGUCAAUUGGGUUUCUUGAAACCAAUUGGUAAGGGUGCCUUCUAUCCGAAUGGUGGUAAGAGUCAACCCGGUUGUGGGUGGGAUUUGACGGGCGCUUGUGAUCAUGCUCGCUCUUGCACGUACUACGCCGAGGCGGUGGCCCGUAAUAGUUUCCCCAGUAUGCGUUGUGGUGACUAUCAGGAGGCAGUGAAGAAUAAUUGUGGUGCAUCUUACAGUGAUGUGAAAAUGGGCGGUGACACCAAUGCUUAUGUGGUUUCAGGGGAUUUCUAUGUGCCCGUGCAUAGCUCAUCCCCUUACGGCUAUGGUUAUGCUUAAAAAGCUGAAUGAAGAUCUGAUAUGCAAAGACUUAUUUAAAUUAAAACUAAAAAUUAUGUGAAAAAAAUA